UAUAGUUAGGUCACUGCCACACUGCACGCUAGCUAGAGCUAGCUCACCGAAGCUAGGCCAGCAGGCAGGCGGCGGAUCCAUGGAGGCUGGUAAGGACGCCGGUGGCGGCGGCACCAAGUACCGCGGCGUCCGGAAGCGGCCGUGGGGCAAGUUUGCCGCCGAGAUCCGCGACGCGGAGCGCGGUGGGGCUAGGGUCUGGCUCGGCACGUUCGACACGGCCGAGGAGGCGGCGCGGGCGUACGACCGGGCGGCGUUCGCCCAGCGCGGCGCCACGGCUGUGCUCAACUUCCCUGGCGAGAUCGCUGGGGCUGCCGGCAGCGGCAGGGGCGGCGGGUCGUCGUCGUCGUCGUCUGCCCCCGCCGCCACUGCCUCGUCGAGGGGGGCGGCGGGGAGGGGCCGCGCCGGGGACGACGGGGAGAAGAUUGAGCUGGAGUACCUGGACGACAAGGUCCUUGAGGACCUCCUCGACGACGGCAAGUACGGCCGUCACUGAGAGGCGUGCGUACGUCUACGACUCUACGUGCACGUCUCCGAUGUGCUUGCAUGCUGCAUGCAGUGCAGUGCAGGGCGAGCAUAUGACGAGGAAAUGACCUAAACAAGUACUACAUGCAUAUAAUAAUAAUAAUCUGCAAAAUGGACCACAUACCACUACAAACUACUAGUAUAUAUAAACAAUAUACAUGCAUGGGGUGAGCACCAUCUCAUUAUACAUGGUCGUUAUAUACUAAAUUAAAAAAAAUAAAAUGCUUCCAUCUGGUGCUCAAUAAUAACAAAGUCUGCAUUGCAUUGGAUAGACGUGUGUAUACGCACGCCAUGCAUGCAUAAAAAGGGGGUUUUAGCCUGAUGGCCGUGCAUUAUAUAUGCAUGUACGACGUCUACAUGGAACAAUGGUGAAUAAUGCACGCGCGAGCCAUGCAUAUUUGCUGGUCGACGAAUGUAAUGCAUGGAGUCUGCAGUUACCAAUGUGCGCAACACAAUGUAUGGCAAAACAAACAUUAUU